ACUGAGUUAAAACUCUUGAAACAAAGUUAACAAACGCAGCAAACUCUUCCUUGUCUUUGUGUUGUGUUUUAGUUUUCCCUGUAUAGGUUUUCUUUUUCUUCCCCUUGAUAAUUCUACUAUUUUAUCAUUAGAUUUUCGAUGUAAUUAACAUUUUCCAUUUAUGGAAACGUUUGAUCUUUCUCAGAUCUAUGAAUUUCAUCUGUUUUUCAACGUUUUUUCAUCGUUGUAAUCAUUUUGAAGAUGAUCACUGAAGGGAAAAAGAAACUAAUUUUUUCCUUUACUUUCUCUCUCAACUACCACCUUUUUUUUCUCGAGAAAAUUCGAGUCUUUCACUCUUUUAUCUUUAGAUCAUGAUAAUCUCAAAGUACAGAAGAUGGAAAACAAUCCCAUUGGUUUUUGUAAUCAUUUUCUAAUCUCCCUGUGCUGAGCAGUUUUAGAUCUUUAGAUCUGGUCUCAAUUAUUGAAGAUUUUAGAUAACUUAGGAAGAUUCCCGCAGAAUUAGAUCUGGGUUUUAUUUAGCAAAGCCUUGUCAUCCUUUUUUUAAAUUUUCUCGGUAAAGUUGUUAUUUUUCCGCGAUAAAAGUUGUUUUUCUGGGAAAAAAAAGGGUUGGGGAGUUAGGGGUUGAAUGCUGAAAAAGAGAUGAAUUAUUUUCCAGACGAGGUUAUAGAACACGUGUUCGAUUUUAUAACAUCACAUAAGGACCGAAACGCGGUGUCGUUAGUGUGCAAAUCAUGGUACAAAAUCGAAAGAAUGAGCAGACAAAGAGUGUUCAUCGGAAACUGUUAUGCGAUCAGUCCGGAGGGAGUGAUUGCCAGGUUUCCGGAGCUCAAGUCCUUGACGUUGAAGGGUAAGCCGCAUUUUGCGGACUUCAACUUGGUCCCACAUGAUUGGGGCGGGAUUCUUUACCCUUGGAUCGAAGCUUUUGCCAAGAGUAGAGUCGGCUUGGAGGAGUUGAGGUUGAAGAGGAUGGUGGUUUCUGACGAGAGUCUCGAGUUGCUCUCGAAGUCGUUCGUGAAUUUCAAGGCCUUGGUUCUUGUUAGCUGUGAAGGCUUCUCCACUGAUGGGUUGGCUGCUGUAGCUGCCAAUUGUAGGUUUCUUAGGGAGCUGGACUUGCAAGAAAAUGAAGUAGAGGAUCAUAGAGGCCAUUGGAUUAGCCGCUUUCCUGAAAGUUGUACUUCUCUUGUCUCCCUGAACUUAGCAUGCCUCAAAGGAGAAAUAAAUUUGUCGGCUCUUGAGAGACUUGUAGCAAGGUCUCCUAAUCUCAAAAGUUUGAGGUUAAGCCGGGCUGUGCCUCUUGAUGUGCUCCAAAAGAUACUGAUGCGAGCUCCUCAACUAGUGGACUUGGGUACUGGGUCCUUUGUACACGAUCCAGCUUCUGAUGCCUACAACAAAUUAAAGGCUACCAUUCUGAAGUGCAAGUCAAUAAAGAGUUUGUCGGGUUUUUUGGAGGUUGCUCCUCGCUGCCUGUCAGCUAUUCACCCAGUUUGUCAUAAUCUAACCUCCUUGAAUCUGAGCUAUGCCCCCGGCAUUCAUGGAAAUGAGCUGAUAAAGCUUAUUCAGCACUGCAGGAAACUUGAGCGAUUAUGGAUACUGGAUUGUAUUGGAGAUAAAGGAUUGGGAAUUGUAGCUUCAACUUGUAAAGAGUUGCAAGAAUUGAGGGUUUUCCCAUCUGAUCCCUAUGGGGUAGGCAAUGCUGCUGUAACUGAGGAAGGUCUAGUUGCCAUAUCUGCCGGUUGCCCAAAGCUUCAUUCAUUGUUGUACUUCUGCCAGCAGAUGACUAAUGCUGCUCUUAUAACUGUGGCAAAGAAUUGUUCUAAUUUUACCCGCUUCAGAUUGUGCAUCCUUGACCCUAUAAGACCUGACCCUGUCACCAUGCAGCCCUUAGAUGAAGGUUUUGGGGCAAUUGUUCAAUCUUGCAAGCGCCUAAGGCGUUUAUCACUCUCUGGCCUGUUAACUGACCGGGUUUUCCUUUACAUUGGAAUGUAUGCUGAGCAGCUGGAAAUGCUUUCUAUUGCAUUUGCUGGGGACAGUGACAAGGGAAUGCUCUAUGUCUUGAAUGGGUGUAAGAAGCUUCGCAAGCUAGAAAUCAGGGACAGCCCCUUUGGUGACACCGCACUUCUAAUGGACGUGGGAAAGUAUGAGACAAUGCGAUCCCUUUGGAUGUCGUCCUGUGAAGUUACCCUUGGAGGCUGCAAGACACUUGCGAAGAAUAGGCCAAUGCUCAAUGUGGAGAUCAUAAACGAAGAUGAUCAGAUUGAUUUUAGCUCUGAUGAUAGACAAAAAGUAGGGAAGAUGUACUUGUAUCGAACAUUGGUCGGGCCAAGGAAAGAUGCACCAGAGUUUGUGUGGACUUUGUAAGUUCGACCUCAAUGCAUCUGUGUAGGUCGGCCAAUUGUUUCCUUGUUCUUCAGUAGUUUUACUUUUCUUAGGCCAGCUCAUUUUUAUGGAUUUAGUUGUAUGCACUCUUUUGUUUAAUUUAUGAGAGAUUUGCUACUUGUAAU